UUCACCGUUUCUGCCCGUCUCGCCAGAGCCACAGCUAGCCGGAGGUCUCGCAGGGUCGAGGGUCCUGCCCCGCUCGCUCCGUGUUCCACGCCUCGGCUACUGAGAUCUACGCUCGCUUGCUUUGUGGUCCAGCAUCGUUAUCAGUGAAGAGCGUGACCCCGGACUUAUCCGCGGAAAGGUACUGGUUGCAGGUUGCAGGUUCUGGUCAGUGACUUUGCAGGAUGCUAGUUGUGUGGGCCACUCCAGCGUGCUGGUGAAGCUUCUCGUGUGUGACUGGGAGGAAAGAUGGCCCACAGAAUGCCGGCGCAGGGAAAAGUGACCAUCUCGGUGGAUGAGUACAGCUCUAACCCAACACAGGCCUUCACACACUACAACAUCAACCAGAGCCGCUUCCAGCCACCCCAUGUGCACAUGGUAGACCCCAUUCCGUAUGACACUCCCAAGCCCAGUGGUCACACGCGCUUCGUGUGCGUGUCGGAUACACAUUCUCGGACAGAUGGUAUCCAGAUGCCGUAUGGGGACGUGCUGUUACACACAGGGGACUUCACGGAGCUCGGCCUGCCCUCCGAGGUCAAGAAGUUUAACGACUGGUUAGGGACUCUGCCAUAUGAGAUUAAGGUGGUCAUCGCCGGGAACCAUGAGCUCACCUUCGAUAAGGACUUCAUGGCUGAGCUCGUGAAACAGGAUUACUACCGCUUCCCCUCAGUCUCCAAGCUCAAACCUGAGGAUUUUGACAAUGUGCAGUCUCUCCUCACGAACUGUAUUUACCUGCAAGACACAGAUGUCACAGUCAAAGGUUUUCGAAUAUAUGGGACGCCAUGGACCCCGUGGUUUAAUGGCUGGGGUUUUAACCUACCCCGGGGCCAGUCCCUGCUUGAUAAGUGGAACCUGAUCCCAGAGGGUGUUGAUAUUCUCAUGACCCAUGGACCUCCUCUUGGCUUUCGUGACUGGGUGCCUAAGGAGCUGCAGCGUGUUGGCUGUGUGGAGCUGUUGAACACAGUGCAGCGGCGGGUGCGACCAAAAUUGCACACCUUCGGGGGAAUACAUGAGGGCUAUGGCAUUAUGACAGACGGGUACACUACAUUCAUUAAUGCUUCUACCUGCACCGUCAGCUUUCAGCCAACUAACCCUCCUAUCGUGUUUGACCUCCCAAACCCCUCCAGCUCUUGAACAUCUUGAAACCAUCUCAUUGCCCUCCUUUUCCCCUUAAUAUUACUUUAAAAUAAUUAUGUUAAGUGUUUCUUUGUAAAUUGUUCAGUGGAACUUGAACUUAGUGGGUGGAAAGGGUUGGGUGGGGUCAAGGUAAACAAUUUCUUUAAAAAAAAGAAGAAAUCUGUAAGAUAACAUUUGUGAAUUUGUAAAAAUUCUCUUUUUUUGCCAUUGUCAUAAUUCCUUGAUAUUGGAUGCCAUUGUUCAUUCUUUAUAUUAUAUUCAGGACAAUUAAGCUUUCUUUUGGCUGACAGGGAAACUGCCUUAAACUAGCUUUAACCUCCCCAGCUAGGACCCCUCCUUUCUGCUAGCAAAGAGAAAGCCUCGUAUUUAUUAUGUGUCAAUUUGAAAUGUUUCUUUUGCAUUCAGAGAACACUUUUUACUUUUGUACAAAAGCAGGGAAGACUCUGAUUAAACUUUAUUCAGAAAGCUCUGGAUGCCCCUUCGCCUGCGUAUAAAUUGGUAAAUGUCUUAAAAUAAGAAUAUAGGUAUAUGUAUGUGUAUGCUGUAAAAUCUCUAAAGGUUUGUUCUAAACAUCUUAUCAGAAGAGAAUAUCGCUUUGCUUGUAAAGGAUAAUGUGCACAAUGCACACUUGUUGGUUUCUAAUGACUUUUUUAAUGUUCUUUGAAUGUUACCCACCUCAUGGCAAAUUUGCCGUACCAUGUGUAAAAAUCAGUAUGCUAAUUCAAAGGUAUAUUUUAAUGUACAAUCUAAAAGAUUGUUUUCCUCAUUUGCUUAAAUAAGGUUUAGUUGUCCUUUAAUGUAUUAUUGAUUAUGAUAGUUUAGUUUUUAUUUUAAUUUUGUUUUGGGUUUUGGAAGGUUGGUGUGUUAGUUUUGUUUUGGUUUUUUGUUGUUGUUUUUUUGCACUGUGUGUAAAUGCAAUUUUGCUAGCACAAAAAAAUUUGCCAAUAGUUGUUUCAGCUCUGUCACUGUAAAUGCCCCUUGGCCUUUUUAUGGUCCUUAGUCUUGCUCCUGGGAAGGGUUACAUCUUCUGUUCUUCUCCGCCUUUUAUUGUGAUAUAUUUAGCUGCCUUUAUAUGCAAAUAAAAUUGCAAAGUUUUUACUUAAUAUA